GUCCGUGUCUGAGGUGGUGUCUGUGGUAGUCCCGUGAUGCCCCUCGCAGAUCGCCGCUGAGCUACCGGCGGUCAGUGCGGCCCCUGGACAUGGCGCCAUUCGGGGCCCCCGAGCUGCUUUGUGACCUCAGCGCCUGGGGGCGGCCGGAGGCUCUCCGCGAGGCCCUGGAGGGCGGCGGGUACCGGGCGCUGUGCAGCCCUGACGGCGGGCACCUCCUGCUCCUUCUCCCCGACCAGCGCAGGCUGCUCUCCUUCCCCCGGCUGGCCGGGCCCCCGCACUCCCCGCACCUGGAGCUGAGCUGGCCCGGGCGCUCCCCGCCGCCGCUCGCCCUGCUCUUCCCCCGCUCGGAGCCGGGCUGGGCGCUGGCCGUGGUGUGGGAGAGCGGCCGGACCGAGCUGUGGCGGCCGCCCCCGGCUCGCUCCCCCGAGGGCUGGGCCUGCCUGCAAUCCCUGGAGCUCUGCAGCAGCCCCCGGGCUCGGGUGGCCUCGGCCUGCCUCAGCGGGGGGGACCUGGUGUGGUGUGAGGAGAGACCGCCGUCAGAGGCCACACCGUCAGCCAGGAGCCGGCCGUACCGUUACUGUAUCUGUGUGCGGCCCCUGGGCACCGCCGGCACCGUGAGGGUCCUCCUCCAUCACAUCCCCCCGUGCCAGCUCUACACCGGCAGCCAGCACAUCUUCAUGGUCCCCGAUGGCAGCACCAGGGGCAUCGCCGCCCAGCUCCUCAUGGUCUAUUCCCGCCUGGAGGAGAGGGUCACCCUGGCCUCGAGAUCCAGGGGUUUCAUCCACAGCAAAAGCCUCUCCGAGGGAGAGUGUGACUUCCAGAGGAUGGUGGUGGAGUAUUUGGGAUCAAUGGCUUCCCAGGGCCACAUGGCUACGUGGUGCUGUGCAACCACUGGGACUGAAGAACUCUUGCUAAUGGAUGCCAGUGGGCAGAUUUACCUUCUGUGCCCAGAUGGGGCAGUCAGACGUGUUUAUAACUUUAAAAACCAGGAUGUGUGUGAUAAACAGAUUGCCAUGCAGGUCUUUGGGGGGACAUUGGCCUGUGUGCUGGAUACAGCCUUGCAUCUCAUUGACCUACACACAGGAAGGCUGAUUGAGAAGAAAAUACUAAGUGCAGAUGGUCUGGUUUUCUUGAAAGUCUUCAAAACAGAGGCUGUCCAGUUCCUUACAAAGACUGGGGUUUAUACAAUUGGCAUUUCUAGUGGUCCGGCUGGGAAUGCUGAAAGCUAUGAGAAACUGGAGCCGGCAUUGCUAGAAAUGAUUUUUGAAGAAUCCUGCAAGUACUACCAAAAGAGGAGUCUCAACAGUACCAAGCUUACAGUCCAUUCCUUCAAGCAGGAAGGGAUUUUCCAAGCACCGAUUACUCUAUUGACUAUACUAAAACACUUGCAGAAAAAAGAGAAUUUCAUGGAUGAAAAGUAUGCCGAUCUAUUAAGCGCCAUGAACAAUGAGCUACAGAACUACUUAAGUCUUGAGAUUCUUAAACCUUGUAUUAUUAAUGCUGCUGAAAAUGAGAUGGAAACCUGUUGUGAAGAUCUAGUGGGCAAAGAAAUUGAUCGGCUUCUUCACACAGACUUGGAUAGAGAGAACUUGGUAUAUAUAAACUCUCUUUUCAGUAUGUUCCCCAAAGCUUCUUGGGUGUCCAUAAGGCACAACCUUCAAUUUCAGCAAAAUGGUGAUGGCAAACUUGUAGUUAGAGCAACUGCUGACUUGUGGAAAAAGGUGUUGGGACCACUUCCGACUGGAUCAAAGGAGCAAAAUGGAGUACAUCCACUCUUUGAGAUGAUCUGCCAGUCUUUGUACAAAUUUAAACCCAAGUGGCUACCUGGUUUUGUUAAGCUUGCCCAAGAUUGUUCUGGGCUUUCCUGGGGCUACAGCAACAAAGAUAACUGUGAGAGUGUGCCAUUGUAUAAGCGGGCACUGUCCAUUUUAGGUAAACAAAAGGCAAACACUACUAUUGAUCGGGAAUUGGAGAUUGACAUUUUGUUAUUUAGUGGAAGACCCCUGGCAAUCAUUCAGGCUAUUCAUGUUUUGAUUGGCCUCCAACGAUGGGAGAGGGUUAUAAAAGAGACCAAAAAGUUUUCUGAAUUGAGUUCGGUUAUUACAAAAGACAUUUUUAUUACUCUUUUGGUGGAAUUUGUCAAGCAUAGACAUUUGGACCCAUAUAUUAACCAGCUUUGUGAAAUAUGCCCAGAUGAUAUAACUUCAACUGAUGUCCUGCGCAUUGUCCUACAAAAUCUUCCCAAAUCCGGGGUCUGCUCUCCUUUUUCCUGUGAUCAGAGCAGUUCUCUGACCAUAGGUUUACUAAAGCCAUUAUUGAACAAAGUGCUACAGAAUCAGAUUAAUGUAGCAAAGAAUGCUGGUACCCCUACCUUUCCCCCUUCUACCCCACACCGAACAGACCCGUCCUGAUCAUGGGUUUUGUUAAUAAGAAUGGUUUAACGCUGCAGAUUGACUGACAUCAAUGCGACCAAUUGCCUGUAAAUGUGUAACUCUUUCUAGAAAAAAACACUAUCAGUCACUUUGUUUCCUGCUUCUUGUAUUUAAAUCAGUAUUAUUGUUGUGUAUCUUUAUCACUAUGGCACAUGCUUUUAGUUUUGUUUGUUCACACAUACUGGCACUUUAUACUGUGGGUUGUGUUUUGAUUGUAACAGUGUCAGUGUCUUGAAUGUUCCAGUAAUUAUCACUGGUGAAAAGGGGCAAUGUUUGGCUGUACCUUAAACUAGUUAACACUUGGAUUUUUCAGUUUGUAAAUUUGCAACAAUCCGAAGCUUAGUAAAUAACACUCCAUUUUUCCAUCAAUCUUUCUGUUUGCAAGAGUGUGUGUGUGUGUGUAUAUUGUGGGUUUUCUUUGCUCCCAACAGUAAAAUGCAACAUAUUAUUUAGAUGUAAAACUUAUUUUUAUUAUAAAUAUUGCAGUUUUUAUCUUGAGUUGUUGGACUUCUAGUUUUCUUACAUUUAAUAAAUGCUUUUAAUUUUAAAAAUAUUAUAAUAUGGUUUCUUGACUUGCAAAAUCAAAUUUCUGGGUGUUCCAAGAAACCACUUCAUGGUUAACCCCUUAAGGACA